CUGCGUCCCGCGUGGCCUCAGUGAGCUGAACAUCACUGUCGGAGAGGGCUCGGUCAUUUUCGGGGCUUCUCGAAGCUUUUCGGAUGUCCAGCUGCUUUCUUUGAGGGAUUAAACGCGCACGAGUGUGGAGCUCAACAUGGUGCAGCUGUCUCCCUCGCCUCCCCUGGAUGUCGACCCUCCAUCUGAGCGCUCAGAGGAGGGGGAUGAUGUAAAGGAUGGCCCAGUGAUGGCUGGGAGCCCCAAGCUGGGCUCGCCCUGUGGUACAAACACCCUGGAGGUCUCUACAACUUACCACGACUAUGACAACUACAUCGAAGAUGGUCUGAUCUGCCUCAAACACAAAGUCCGCAACCUGGAAAAAAAGAAGCUGAAACUCGAAGACUACAAGAAGAGGCUGAGCCACGGCGAGGUGUUGAACAAGGAUCAGAUGGUGGCUGUGGAAAAAUAUGAGGAGUUGCAGCAUAACCUGACGUUUGCACGGGAGCUGCAAAAAACUCUGGACAGUCUAACUCAAAAUUUGCUGAGAGCUCAGAAGAAGGCAGGGAAGAAGGAGCAGUUAGCCAAGAUGGAGGCAGAGCAAAGACGUCUGAGCACUGUACUACAAGUGCAGCACCUACUUCAUGGCCUGCAGCAGGAGCAUGUGAGGAGAGACCUUCUGUCCGGACACAACCAGGCACCUCACGUCUCUGCCCAGCAGCUGCAUAGCCUGAGUCAGCUCGCCACACUGCUGGGUGUCCAGAGGGACAACAGGCUGAGUUUGGAGGAGCAGAUGGAGCGAGCAGCUAUAGCAUACAUGGAUCUUCUGGAAGGGAGUGACAAACCAGUGGCUGGCUCCACAUUUAAGCUGCUGAAAAUAGAGCUGACCAGACUGUUGAACUGCAAAUACUUUAGCUGUCUUCCUCCUCCACCCAACAUGUCUGCAGAGACGCCGCUGAGCUCAACCACACACAGCACAAAGUCCAAACCAAAUGAAGUUUCAAAGAAAGAGUUUUUCAACAGACUCUACCUGACAGACACUGAGGCUCCUCCACAUGCUCAGAACUGGAAGGAUGACUUCCAGUCCAUGAGGGAGCGUGAGCCUCCGGACUGCUGGGACAUGGAGUUCUCUGACGGAGCCACUUCACCUCAAGGUGCAGUCAUCAAACCGUGGAGAGGAGCUGCCGCUUUCAUUCCCAAAAUCCCCAUCACGUCCAAGAAACAAUCUGCUGACUGCAAACUGAGGAAAGAGAGGAGGGCCAAAGGAGAUCAACAAAAGUCGCAGGCUGUCCACAUGGACAUGCCCGUUGAGGUCUUCAACUCUCAGUCGGCCUUACCCAAAGACCCUGUCCUGAGGAAGCAGCAGCUGGAAGACCUCAUGACCAAGAUCCACGGCUCCUUCAGCUUCAUGCAGGACUCUCUGUUGGAUGGUGAGAGCUCUCCAACUAAAAGCCAUCCUAGGCUGAAGAGACGCACAUCAGGAUCUCCCUCUCCUCUGGCCCAAACCAACUUGAGAAGCCCAGUUGAUGUUCUGCCCAAAGCGAUGCAUUCCACUCCACUGCCUACCAGGCUCCUGGAGCGUAAAUCCAGUCUAACAAAUGGAGAUCAGUGCCUGGAGACGUGUGAUCUGGAACUUUCCUCAACAAACGAUCUACCUCAUGAGCCUUCACAGUUCACUGAAAGAACAAAGUUUGCUUCUCCACCGCUGUACCGCAGGGAGUCGUCCGUCUCUGCCGACGGGACAAAGAUGCCAGUGACUGAAUCAGGAAAGCAGUCACCCUGUAGUGGAGAGGCGUCUUGCACCUCCACCCCCCCUCUGGGACAGACAUUUUCUACACCACCAACAAGACGAACUCUGGCAUCUGAACAGUUUCAGAACAUGCAGUCAGUCUUCAAGGUGAGCUCCUCCUUACCUCAGAAUGGAGACUACAAACCAGACUCUGCAGCUUUUGAUGAGACCAGGUACACAACUGCAAGCACCCAGACUCCUCCUGAGUUUGCCCCUUCAGAAGAUGACCCACAGCCGGUGUACCCGUCUGAUUACACUGUGAACAGUGGCGGACAGAUCUUCCUCUCCCCUGGUCAGUCGAGUGGAAGCGUGGGUCGAUCCGGCCAGUCCUACUACAACAGAGGAUCUGUUAGAGGUAUGACACGUGGAGGCAAAGGACUGGCACAAAGCUUUCGCUCUGCUGGGUGGCAUCGAGGAGGAUCCUACAUCCCCCAGACUCAUUUCAGGGACUCUGGACCUCUUCUCUAUGCUGCUAGAGAUCCUGGUUAUCAACAUGGCUACAGACGAGGAGGGGGAAGGCAUAACUCAAGUGCCGCCUGGAGCGACUCCUCCCAGGUGAGCAGCCCCGACCGUGAAGGCGCCUUCACCAUCGUGGACUCGGGUCAUGGAGAUUCCCUGUCCGUCUCUACAGUGGAGGUCCCUCUCACCCCUCAUGGCCACCACCACCCCACUUUGCUCCCUUUGCAGCUCUACCCGCUCACUCAACCUCUGCGGAUCGCCUUCACUGCCUCUCGCACUGCUAAUUUCGCCCCAGGCAACCUGGACCAGCCCAUCGUGUUCGACCAGCUGCACAGCAACCUUGGUGACAUGUACGACACCCACAUCGGCCGCUUCACCUGUCCUGUCAAUGGCACCUAUGUCUUCAUCUUCCACAUCCUGAAGCUCGCAAUCAACGUGCCGCUCUACAUCAACCUCAUGCGAAACGAGGAAGUGAUGGUAUCUGCGUAUGCCAAUGAUGGCGCUCCGGAUCAUGAGACAGCCAGCAACCAUGCCAUUCUGCCGCUGUUUCAAGGAGACCAGGUAUGGCUCAGGCUGCACCGUGGCGCCAUCUAUGGCAGCACCUGGAAGUACAGCACCUUCUCUGGCUUUCUGCUGUACCAGGAUUGAACUUUAGCAUAUCAAUGGCCCUACCCCUCCACGUGUGGACUGUUUAUUUUGCACUAAAUGAGGAGCUGUUGUUAUCAUGGUCAGGCUGCAUGCCAGUUUACUUUUCCACCUAUAAUUAAAAAAGGUGUUUGCUGCCAAAAGAUCCAUUUUGACUACUUGAAAAAUGCCAGAAUGCCGCCAAACUUCCACAAAUGAAUACUUCCUGAUGUUGGUGCUCCAGGUUACUCAUCCUCGUACAUCUGGACCUUGAAAACAUGCCAUCUUGCCGUGAAUUGGUUACCGAUAUCACCGUGAACUUUGAUGCACUAUUCUGAGUUUGUGCCUUUUUGUUUUGAAUGGCUUUGGAUGACUGAAGAGAUUAUUAAUGAACUGAAUGAAUGAAGCAUUGACUCUUCUUAAAGCACUUUGCUCCAUGUGGGGCUCCUGUGAAGAGUUUCACUUUGCCUUGUGUGAAUGUGAAGAAGAUGGAGUGAGUUCUUGGUGGUGGGUGUGGUGUUUGAACACUUGAGGCCAAAUUGUUGCACUAACAGACUACUGUGGAGAGAUGUGGUCCCGUGAUGUGCCUAAAUAAAAGACAAGC